AUGUCCGACGACGGUGGUAACGGCGCUACCGCCGAGUCUCCAGAUGCAUCCAAGAACCAUGCCUCCAAGGACAGGAACUGCCCGUACUGUGGCCAGGCCUUCACCUCUUCCUCGUUAGGAAGACAUCUUGAUCUAUACAUCAAGGAGAAGAACCCGAAGCCGGCCGACGGCGUCCAUAAUGUCGACGAAAUCCGCAAGAUGCGUUCCGGCAUCACAAGGAGACAACCUAGAGGAUCCCUUGCCGCCCGCCGAGAUACUUCCACUCCCGGUACUCCUACGGGUUCCACCACAACCACAAGAAAGAGCCCAGAGGCGAGACAGCCAUCGUCGAUACCCAAAGAUGGCCAGUAUCUCGUGGAUCAGUCGCCUGUGUAUCCCUGGCAGCAGCCUAGGUGGGAAGCUACUGGUGUCAUCAACGACUUGCCGGCCAAAAACGGGGAACCUCCAGCCAAUUGGGAUGACAACGCAGACCAGGCGGCCAGAAGGCCAAGUACACAGCAGCAGCUGCAACGUGCUCCCAGCAGAAUUGCCCAGAAGCAACAGCUUGACGCGAGGCAAAAGCUCACAGACGCCAUGGAUACGGCAAGGGCAGCUGAGCUGGCCCUUAAGGAAUUGCUCAGCUCUUGGAGAGCAGCCAAGCAGCAAAUUGAUAUGAAUUCGGUCCCCUUCGACUUCGAUCCUCUUGCUCUCGACUUCCCCGCUCUCACACUCCAGUGUCUGCAACCGCCUCCCACUUUGUUCUCGUCGACUCCGAUACCCACCUCUACUUCGUGGUCAAUACAGCCACCCGCGAAGAAGCAGCAUGACGCUCUGAUCGCCUACUUCCAGGAAGAGUUCAAGAAGUGGAGGCAGGCUUGUGCUGCUGCUACUACCGCCACCCAGGAGGAUCUUACAUAUCCCCCGGCACAGAAUCACGUUCCAGUCGACCUGAGGGAAAGUAUCAAAAAGGCAGAGAGUAAUGCCGCGAACAUGGAGAAGCAGGUCAAUGAGCAUCUGCAGUCGACAUAUGUCGUCUGGGAGCAGCUUCCUCCACCACGUCAACAGGAACUAUGGGUCUUGGAGUUGGCACGAAGUGUCGGUCGUAGACAGAAGGAUGUUGAAAAGCACAAACAGACACAACACUCGCUGAAGCAAGAGGCCGCCAAUCUUCAAUCUCAGAUUGACCAGCUCAACCGUUUGCAACAACCCAGGGAAUUUCGAAUGAUGCAGCCAGCUACCAUACCUUUUGAUCAAGCUUAUGUGUCUCACGUCUUGAACUGGGGGUUUGAGACAGGCAUCAAGGGCAAUGUCGGCUUGAACAUGAAUGACCGUCAUCUUGAUACUAGCACAGUGGUUCAGCGAGCCAUUGAUCGGUGGAAGAAUGUCAUUGUUGCUUCGCGAGCUUCUGGCAUGAGUGCCCAGCGCGCCCUGGACCAGCCUCCUCCAGCAUCGCAACAAAAUAAUACCUCCAAUGCGGCUCCCGCACCUGUCAUGAACCACGCUGCUUCAACUCCAACUCCUAACCCGCAGAACCAACCCAGGGCAGUGCCAGCUCAGGCGCAGCCUCAGCAGCCUGUUCAGCCAAUGCCUACCACUAAUGGUCCUUCGCAUGAUGCCCGGUCGACAACAACUGCAGCAACGUCAGCUUCGGCCUCAGCAGGCAACGACGAAGGAAGUGAUGAGGAUGCUGAUGCUGAAAUGGAGGAUGACGACAGCUUUGCACCAAUUGCCGCUCCGCCUGUGGUCGCCAAACCUAUCCCUCAACAACCGCUCCAGAAACUCGCAAUUCCCCGAACGAGAGAACAUGUUCAACAACGAAAUAACGCACAAUUCGCUAUGAACGGUGCGGGACAAAUGCCCGUCAAUCAGAGGAUGAAUAUGGCCCGACCCAUGGCAAACAUGAACCCGGGUGGGAUGCAGCAGGCUCAGAACCAACAACGAGCGCAACAAGCCAUUAUGAAGAACGAUUACGUCACGGCUGUUCAAGGCAUGGGAAAUGGCGAGCCCAUGUUCAUGGACGGUUGA